AUGGUCCUCAACUCCUCACGACCUCAACGCAGAUAUCAUACAAAGUCCAGAGGCGGAUGUGUCGAAUGCAAGAAGCGGCACAUUAAGGUAAGCUCUUCAUUCCCAUCGUUUUGUGGAGAAGAAAAGCCUGCCUGCAGAUCAUGUGACAUAAGAUAUAAUGAUUGCGUUUACCCUACGCAGCGCAACUCAUCAUUGGGGACAAGGGCAAGCUUGCUUCAUGGAAGAGAACGAAAAGCGUCUCCCAGAGGAGAAAAGCAAGAAUCUCCCAGUCCUCCAUCCGACGACUCUUGCGUAGCUCUUACCCCAGAUCUAGCACAGCAUCGUCAUGUAACUGCGGAAUUCGAACUGCAGGAUCUCGCUCUCACGCAUCACUGGACCCUGCAUACUAGCCGCACUAUCAGCCAUUGCUGGUCCGUUGAAAGCCGUUGUAGUGUGGACACGUUUUCGCUUGGGUUCGACUAUUUGUUUGUCAUGUAUGGCAUCCUAAGUAUCGCUAGUCUACACCUUGCCUCUCUUGAGCCGUUUGAUAAGAAAAAACAUGUCGAAAGAGCUGCUAUGCACCAUAAGCUUGGUGUAGAUCAAGUUCGUCAACUAACUGUGGAGCGUAUAGAAGCUUCUGGCGAUGCACUUCGCGCGUUCUCGACCAUCAAUCUUGUUUACACCUUGGCUACCUUUGGUCCACUCGCAGGACUUACUGGCAAUGUUGUCAAAGCUAACGAGCCGAUUAGCCCUCAUUGGAUACGCCGAGUCCGCGCUAUUACACCAAAAGUUGACAUAUGGCAGUAUCCGACACCUCUUUACGAGAUGGAUGCUAGGAUGGACUUUGCUGCCGAAGACGAUUAUCUUGUUUGCAUUCGUGAAAGAUACAGAGAUAGCCACAUGUCGGAUGUGGAACUCUACGAUUCGGCUCUCCUAUUACUGAGGCGCUGUCAUAACCAUCUGUUUGGUCCCAGAAGCGAACACAUUGCUGAACCAACAUCUUGCGACCUCGACAAAUGGAAUGGUCCUUUACACUUUCUCUGUCAUCUCUCGGAAGAAUACAUCGAGAAGCUCCAUCAACGGCAGCCACCUUCUCUCAUCAUUCUCUCAUUCUUUGGGGCAAUUUCAUUUUCGCAAGAUGAAACUUGGUUCAUUAAGGGAUGGGGGAGAGCAAUCGUUACAACAGUUGAUGCAGUCUUGGGUAGCUACUGGGCGAAAUAUACCGAAUGGUGUCGCGAUGCAGUAGCACUUCGAUGCAUUAAAGCCGGAGAAUAA